AUGCAUGCUGUUAUUGCAGUGUCCAAAUCCAAUGGAAAAGAGGACCUGAAUACAGUUGAAUGCUUCGAUCCAUUCCUGAACUACUGGUUCACUGUUCCGCCAAUGAAAGUGGUCUGGAAAAAUCACUCUCUCUUAGCCUACGACAAUGCAAUCUAUGCCAUAGGAGGAGAAAAUGACUCAACCGCUCUUUCUUCCAUGGAAGUUCUUCGUGAAGGAUCGUGCGAAUGGGAAUUCGUCGAAUACUUGAACACUGGGAGAAAAGAGUUUGGAGCGGCCGUUGUUCCGAUAUCUGUUAGUCAGUUGAGAUCGUAA